AUGGGUGACACAAGCAAAUCUGCAGAUAGCACUAGUACUGGAAAAGCUGUAGCCUAUGACAUCAAUCACCCAUACUUCCUCAACAAUUCUGACUCUCCUGGGAUGACUCUAGUCAAUACUUUAUUUGAUGGAAGAGGAUAUCCAGGUUGGAGGAGAUCUAUUUUGUUGUCUCUGUCAGCUAAGAAAAAGCUUGGGUUCAUCAAUGGAGCCUGCGAAUCUCCAGAUGUGGGUUCCCCAGAUCUUGAACAAUGGAGCUAUAUCGCAGACAGUGUGAUAUACUCCAAAACUGCAAAGGAGCUUUGGGAUAGCCUGGAGCAGAGGUUUGGAAAAUCAAAUGGAGCCAAGCUGUAUCAUCUGCAAAAGGAGAUGUCAGGAUUAGUCCAAGGAAAUAGCGACAUUGCAGGAUAUUUCACCAAACUCAAACGAAAAGCAAAACUAACAAAAUCACUUGAAGAUCAGAGGUUAAUUCAAUUCCUAAUGGGAUUGAAUGACAUCUAUGCACAAGCUAGAGGAAACAUACUGAUGAUGAAUCCCUUGCCCAGCAUAGAUGUAGCAUAUUCUCUUCUUUUGCACGAUGAAAAUCAGAGAGAAGUUUAUGCAAAUGCACAUUUUAACUCAGAUUCAUUGUCCUUCAUGGCAACAGGAGAAGUGAAACAACCUAAUGCUCAGCUUCUAGCUGAUUUUGCAGCUUUUAUGGUCACAGGGCAGGGGAGGAACUUUCAGAAAAACAGGAACCAAUCACAAAGACCAACAACUAUGGGAACAAAGUAUAACAAUUCAGCACAGAAAUUCAACAAACCACAGCAGAAGUUUAAAGCAAAGAAGAAGUACAAUCCAAAUGUGUCUUGUACUUAUUGUGGAAAAAUAGGGCACACUCAAGAGGAUUGUUACAGAAUCAUUGGAUUCCCAGAUGAUUUUGAGUUCACCAAUCAAAAGAACUAUCAAAAUCAUAUCAAGGCAAAUGCAGUCCUGACUCAUGAAGAUAAUGAAAAUCAGACAGGACAGAAUACUGAAAACAACAACAAUUUUGGACAGCACCUUAACAAGGAACAACUUGCAGAAAUGGUGAGCAUGUACAAGCAAGCAAAAUUGGCACAAGCAGGAAAUUCAGGAAUAAAUGCUAAUGCAGUUGCUGGUACUAUUCUAAAGUACUCAGGUUCAGUAUUUACUACUCUAAAUUCUGACACCUGGAUCAUUGAUUCAGGUGCUUCAGAGUAUAUGUGUUUUGAUCCCAAUUCUUUCUUGUUUCUAACUCAACUUCCUGGCCUUUCAAUGAAGAGUCCACAAGCUUUUGGUGAAGUUAGAGAGGGUCUCUACAUAUUGGAACCUAGGAAUCUUAAGUCUAAGGGAAUAUUCAGUAGUAAUGUACUUUCAAUUCAAAAAGGAAGAAAUUCCAUUUCAGAGUCUAUGUUUUUUUCUAGUCCUGUUCAUGUUAAUGCUGUUUCUGAUAUUAAGCUUUGGCAUGUAAGGUUGGGACAUCUCCCAUUUUCAGCAAUGAAACAUUUAGAUUUCCUUCAUUGUGACUCAAAUUCUGAUUUCAUUUGUGAUGUUUGUCCUAAGGCUAGGCAGACAAGGAAACCUUUCCCUGAGGAUUUGGACAAAAGUGGUUAUGGAUUUGGGAAGAAAACCUUGGGGAGAACACAUAGUGUGAAGCUGGGGUCGUUUGGUGGUGGCGCCGCCGUGUACGGCGGAGGCGGCGACCACUGCUUUGGUUAUUCGAGGGGUUCGGAUGGGAUUUGA